GGUGAUCAAUGACAGUUAACAUUUAUUCUACAAUCGGAAGUGUAAAGCGAAAAGUAAAAAAGGUCUAAAACGUUCUCGUUUUCAAAAUCCUAGUCAGAUUAACAACAACUGCUUUGUCAAGCCUGAGUGAGAUAAAUUGACUCGCUCCGGACUGAGAGGAGGCCAUUAAAACAUAUUCUUACUUCAACAUGUCUGGACCAGGCUAUCCAUCGCCAAACCAACCUCCAUAUUCCAUGUCCCCUUAUCCCAUGGGAGGCUAUGGAGAUCCUGGGCAGGCUGCCCCACCACCCGGAUUUCAAGUAGGGUAUCAUUCAGUUUCAGAUCAGCCGGUCAUGUAUCAGCCUGGUCCAGCUAGUUCACAAUCUCAACAUGGACAACAGUAUGGAGCCCCUGCACCUGCACCUGCGUCAGUGCCCGCCGGAGUGCCACCUGGUCUGGAGUACCUCACUCAGAUUGAUCAGAUCCUUAUUCACCAGAAAGUGGAGUUAUUAGAAGCAUUCAUUGGCUUUGAAACCAAUAACAAAUAUGAGGUCAAAAACAGCCUGGGCCAGAAGAUCUACUCUGCCAAAGAGAAAAAUGACUGCUGCACGCGUAACUGCUGUGGUGCACUGCGCAGCUUUGACAUGAAGAUCAAAGAUAAUAGUGACCGAGAGGUCAUACGGCUCAUUCGACCUUACCGCUGUGUCACCUGUUGGUGCCCCUGCUGCCUGCAAGAGCUCGAGGUGCAGGCGCCCCCAGGAACGACCAUAGGAUAUGUAAAACAGGACUGGCACCCAUGCUACCCAAAAUUCUCAAUUCAGGGAGCAAACAAGGAGACAUUGAUGAAGCUCGACGGGCCCUGCUUGGCCUGUAACUGCUGUAGUGACGUGAACUUUGAGCUAAAAGGCAAGGAUGGUGGGCAGUCUAUUGGCCGAAUCAGUAAGCAGUGGAGCGGACUGUUAAAGGAGGCCUUCACUGACGCUGAUAACUUUGGCAUCAAGUUUCCUUUAGACAUGGAUGUGAAGAUGAAGGCUGUACUUAUGGGUGCCGCUUUCCUUAUUGAUUUCAUUUUCUUUGAACAAGUUGGAAACUCCAAACAGCGCAAUACUGUGUUUUCUUAAGCAUGUUUCCAAUUAGUAACUUAGGAAGGAACUUUUAUUAGUAACCAAAAACUACAUAAAGCUGCCGCUCCAAGUCAAAGGAAUGUUCAUGGUCAUUUUGUAUUGCAAAAUUUACAAUGAUAGUCAUCCUACCAUAAGUGCCUGUUGACUGGGUGCCUUUUAAAAGAUCAUGGCAUAGAAAAAUACAAAUCACUGAUACAGAAGCAGCUGACAUUUGUUUGUCAAUUGUUUUUGUUCUUAAUUUUUUUGCUAUAUAAUAGUCACAUACAACCUUAUACACAUGUCUAGGUAUUUUAGGAUUAUGUUAUAUAGUAAUCAUGUUUACCUGCAAAAUAAUGUGAAUGUUUUGUGUGGAUAAGGCAAAGAAAUCAGUUUGUUUAUACAUUACAGGUUGAAAAUUAUUUACAGUACCCAUUCAGAAAUAACGUUAAAGUCAGUAAACAUGUAUUGGAAGCAUUUCUGUAAUUUUCCUCAUAGGCUUGAUCACAUAAAACUGCAGUUAUUUAGAUUCAGGGUUUUUUUUUAUACAGGACACACACUGCAAAAACAAAGGUGCCAAAAUAGGUUUUUGCAGAUAUGCCAUAGAAGAACCUUUUUUCUUAUCUUGUUAAGUUAUGAAGCAAUAUGACAAGCUAGUCAUAGACUCUAUAUCAGCAUAUUUGUAUUUCGGCCCAAGGCUGCAGGCCAUGAAGUCAUACUGAUAUAGUGAAUAACAGCGUGACUCUGAUUGUGAUAUUACUGUUCUGCCAAUUUCUACCAAGAUGAAAUCAAUAUCGGGUAUUUUUUUAGACAAUAUGAAGUACAAAGGGCAGAUAAAAGUGUAUCGCCAAACUAGUUUCUACCUAACUACCCAAGAGCCUUGAAGAACCUUUCUGAUGUUUCAUGUAAGUUAUAGGAUCUUCCUCACUGACAAACAGCAGCUCAAGAACUUUUAUCUUUAGGAGUGAGAAGUCAGGCAUAUUAUAAAUGAUCAGUUGCAGUACUGCAGUUUUUAACUAUUUCGACUGGUGAUUUUUACACUUAAUCAACAUAAUACAAACAUUUAAGAUUGAAUAACAACUCUUCAUCAGCAUAUAAAGUUUGGUGCAGGUGUACAUUGCAAAUUAUACAUAGAUAUUCCAACUGGUUCAAUAUCUUGAUUUGAAGUGAAUAUAAAACGUCCUUAUCUGCAUAUUAUGUUAUGUAUGUGUGUUUUUUGUGUUUUUUCUUAUAGUAUAUAAUAUCAAUGUAAUGUUAUAAAUAUACAGACAUUGAAUGGUUAUAUUGAUUUGUAUGAUGUAUUACAACUGUGUCUAGAAUAAAGUCAGUGGCAUGCAUGUGUAGAGCCUAUACUACUUUAUAUUGCCAAGUAAUAGAUAAAAAUAUGUAAACUGUUCAGAAAUGAAGAGAAAGACCUGAAAAAAUAAAUAAAUGAUUAAACAAUCA